UAUGGUGCACAUAUAUGUCUCUCUCACUUUUCUCUCUGAGCUGGGACGAGAUUUUAGGUCAGCUACAUAUGGCUUCAAUAGUUGCAAACCUUCCCCCAGCAUUGUUGGUCAAUGACAGACAAACCUUUUUGAGAACCCUUCGGAAAUUUCCAAUCUCUCCCGUUGGAGUGAGACAGCGUCAUGUUGCUGUUGUUGCAAAGGCAGGGGGUGAGACCUCCGAUUCUUCACCCAUCCGGACAUUUAUUAAAGGUGCUCUAGACUAUUUGGAUAAAUCUGAUGAUCCACAUGCUCUUAUUAAAGUUAUUAUUGGGUUGGGAGCUGCAGCUGUUUUAGCUCUUUUGGCAUCUAUGAAUCCAAUUAUAGCCACUCACAAACAUUUCUUUAUUCAAAUUGUAAAAGGAAUCAUCACGAUGUUUCCUACGGAAACGGGUGGUAGCUCUGAUUCUUCAACCUCCCCUGCUAAAUAUGUUCAAAACGUUUGGACUAAUUUUGGAGCUCGAUUUGCUCUUAAUGGCUUGGGAUUUGCUCUUAAUGGCUUGGGAUUUGCAGCUGUUGCAGCUCUUGGGGCAGUUACGAAUCUAAUUACAGAAAUUGACAAACUUCCUCUUAUCCCAAGCGUAUUUGAAUUAGUCGGGAUAUUGUUUUCUUCGUGGUUCAUAUAUCGCUAUCUCUUAUUCAAACAUGCUCGAGAGGAGCUAUUUCAGACCGGCAAGAAGUUCAUAUCAGAUAUUUUGGGCCAGUAAUAUGCAGUCGGAUAAGAUUGUAUUGUAAUAUUAUAUUUGUCUACAAUUUUUAUUGUUGUAGCAUUGAAAAAAAAUGUAACCUGCAUUUAUGCAAUGGACAAUGUCAGCUCUGUAAUAUACCAUGACAAAGUAUUUAACUAGUAGUCCCUUUGUUCUGUGGUUCCAGUUCCAGAUGGAUUGAUAAUUUGAUUUACCAAUUUUAUUCUAUU